AGUUCGUGAGGAAGAAGAUGGCAGCUGAAUUUGUGCUCACUUUCGCUGCUGAGGGGAUUCUGACCAAGGUGCUCUCUUCACUUGCCGCUAACAAAAUUGCUCUUUCAUGGGGGUUCCACACCGAACUGGAGAAGCUCAGACAGUCCUUAUCCACCGUUCAAGAUUUCUUAGGCAGCGCUGCGGAUCAGAGACUAGAUGGUCGGGGCAAGGCAGUAGAGAAUUGGGUCAAGAAACUUAAACAGGUAGCUGAAGACGCAGAUGAUGUUUUGGAUGAGUUCGAGUAUGAACUUCUCCGACAACAAGUGGAGCUGCGAAACCACAUGGAGAGAAAGGUACUCAACUUCUUUUCUGCCUCCAAUCCUCUCUGGUUUCGUUUCAAUAUGGCGCAUAAGAUUAAGAAGAUCAAUGAUUCUCUGGUGGACCUUAAGAAUGAGGCACCUUCAAUCAACUUGGUUGCCAAAAAAGGAGAUUCAAGGCAACGACCAGAUCGAGAGCAAACUGAUUCAUUUUUUGAGAAUGGUGAAAAAGAAAAAGUUGUUGGAAGGGAAGACGCUGUGACAAAGAUAGUUACGACGUUGAUCAGCUCCGACAAUCAGCAGAAAAAUCUUUCAGUUAUGGCCAUUGUGGGAAUGGCUGGACUGGGGAAGACGACUCUGGCUAAAUCAGUGUACAAUGAACCUGCCAUAUGUACACACUUCGAUAAAAGAAUAUGGGUGUGUGUGUCAAACACUUUUGAAGUGGAUACGAUUUUAAGUCAGAUGGUAGAAGAGAUAACAGGGAAGAGAUAUGUUCUGGUGCUCGAUGAUGUUUGGAAUGAGGAGAGGGAAAAGUGGGAUAGCUUGAUGAGUUGUUUGUCAAAGCUGAAUUCUAAUCCCGGAAGCUGCAUUAUCGUCACCACCCGUAGCACCAAUGUGUCAACAAUUGCUGAAACACUCGCCAGACCUGAGUUGAGAAAUCUAUCAAAGGAUGAUUGUUGGUCCAUUAUAAAGCAAAGAGCUUUAAAUUUAGACGAAAAUGGUUUCAUUGAUGCAGAACUAGAAAGAAUUGGGAGGGCGAUUGCUGAGAAGUGUGGAGGGGUACCCUUGGUUGCAAAGGUUUUGGGAAGCCUACUGCGCUCAAGAGCUAGUGAAGUUGCUGAAUGGUCAUCAAUUCGAGACAAUAGAUUAUGGGAACUACCUGAAGGGGAGGACAAGAUCAUGAAGGUAUUGAAGUUGAGUUUUGAUAAUCUGGAGCCAUCGCCUUUGAAACAAUGUUUUGCAUAUUGCUCAAUGUUGGGAAAAGAUUUUGAAAUUGAAAGAGAUAAUUUGAUCCAGCUUUGGAUGGCUCAAGGAUUACUCCAGACUUCAACUGUGGAAAAUCAUCAUGAGAUGGAGCAUACUGGCAAAGUAUAUUUUAACAUUCUACUAAACAAUUCCUUAUUUCAAGAGGUAAUUGAAGGAGGCACUAUUACGAAGUACACAAUGCACGAUCUUGUGCAUGAUCUUGCAGAAAAAGUGUCCAAAAGUGAGCGCUUGACACAGGAGUUGAAUGAUGAUGUUCGACAUGUUGCACGUAGUCGACCUCCUUCAACACUAGAAAACAUGUCAGAAGUAACUGUUGGGAGAUUGCGCUCACUAUUUUCAAAUGACCAGGUCCCCGAAAUCAUUUUCUCCAAGUUCAAAGCAAUGCGGGUCUUAAGUUUAGAUACAUCAGAUAUAGAAGAGUUGCCAAAUUCAUUUGGCAAGCUGAAGCACUUGAGAUAUCUAGACCUCUCAAAAACAAGAAUCAAAGCGCUUCCCAAGUCAAUUGGCAAGCUCUAUAACCUUCAAACAUUGCGAAUGCAGAAUUGUGAUUUGAACAAGCUUCCAAUGGAGAUGCAAAACUUGAUCAACUUGAGGCAUCUUUAUGUUGAUGAGAAGAUAGAAUUUCCGGCUGGAAUGUUCAGGGGACUAACUAAUCUCCAGACAUUGUCUUGCUUUAAUGUGGGCAAGGAGAUGGGUUGUAGAAUUGAGGAAUUGGGUGGCUUGAACCAACUGAAGGGUAUGUUAACCAUUCGUAAUCUGAAAAAUGUAAGGGAUGAGGCGGAAGCGAAGCAGGCAAAAUUAGAAGAGAAGAAAAAUGUAGUGGAGUUAAGAUUGGUCUUCUCUGGAUGGACUUUACCCAGCAACAUCAAUGAUGAGAAUGUACUCGAAGGACUCGAACCACACACUGAGUUGGAAACCUUAAGCAUUAAAGACUUCAUGGGUGAUAGAUUUCCUUCAUGGAUGAUGAGAGUCCCUUUGCCUCUCAACAAUUUGAAGAAGCUCGUCCUAACUUUCUGCGGCAAAUGUGGAGAACUCCCGAUACUAGGCCAUCUACCGUUCCUUAGAGAUGUGGAGAUAAAUGGUAUGCAUAACCUAAAACGCUUUGGAAGUGAAAUUUAUGGUUAUGACCUUGUUUACGAGGCUACACGAGAGAAGGAGACGAUAGUCUUAUUUCCAGCACUAAAAACAUUAAGCAUUCGCGGGUGCGAUGAGCUAAUGGAAUGGAUGGAAGCACCCACAACGACGAUGACAAAAGUAGAGGUGUUCCCUUGCUUGGAGGAGUUGACGAUACUAUGUUGUCCAAGAAUUGGGUUCAUUCCAAUUCCCUGCAGCAUGGCAUCCCUCCGCAAACUGCGGAUUCAAGGCUGUAAUGCAUUAUCUAGUAUUGGCCAACUCGAUCAUUGCACCUCUCUACAGGAACUGUGGAUUUAUAGCUGUAAUGCAUUAUCUAGUAUUGGCCAACUCGAUCAUUGCACCUCUCUACAGGAAUUGGAGAUUAACAGGUGUAAUGCAUUAUCUAGUAUUGGCCUAGAGGGCCUUUCAUCCCUCCGCGAACUGCGGAUUGAAAGGUGUGAUGCAUUAUCUGGUAUUGGCCUAGAGGGCCUCUCUUCCCUCCGCGAACUGCGGAUUGACAGAUGUAAUGCAUUAUCUAGUAUUGGCCUAACAUCCUCACAGGGCCUUCCAUCUCUCCGGAAAUUGAUUAUUGAAUGUUGUUAUGGAUUAUCAGCCCUACCGAGCGGGAUUGAAAACUGCACCUCUCUUGAGCUAUUACAUGUAUCAAGUUGCGCAAAUCUAGCGACCAUUUCGUUUACACGAGUCCUCCCAUCCCUCCGUAGAUUGCAAGUUCACUUCUGCAAUAAUCUGUCUUGCUUGGAAUACUUCCCCUCGCUUCAGGAGUUGAGUGUAAGCACAUCCCUUCGUAGAUUGGAGGUUUGGUAUUGUGGCAAAUUGAAGUUUCUACCGACAGGGCUGAGCUGCCUCGCUCGUCUGGAGGACUUGCGGUUAGGUCCUUUCUGGGAGGACCUCGACUCUUUCCCUGAUUUUCAAGUUCCAUCCCAACAACUUGUCUCAUUAGAGUUGAACGGGUGGCCUAAGCUCAAGUCUCUUCCUCAACAAGUUCAACACUUGACUUCGCUUACAAGUUUGACUAUACGUUAUUUCAAAGGAGUGGAGGCUUUACCAGAGUGGCUGGGCAACCUUGCAUCUCUCGUGAAGCUGAGUAUUUAUUACUGUGAUUAUCUCAAGUAUCUACCUUCUCUCGAAGCAAUGCAACGCCUCACCAAAUUACAGGUUCUAAAUGUUUAUGGUUGUCCACUUCUACAACAAAGAUGCACCAAGGACACCGGCGAAGAAUGGCCCAAGAUUUCUCACAUUCCACGUAUCCAAAUUCCUUGAAGAUUUGAAGCCAUGCAAUGCCUAAGUACCCACGUUUUGAUGGACAUGGCUUUCAUGUUUCAAGAGAAAGAUGUACGUACCUGGCUUUGUGGGAGUCUCGUGUUGAGCAAAUUUAAUCACUUCUCCUCUCUAAAAGCCGAGCUCUAUUAUGUGCUCAAAUGGAAGAACAAGUAGUCCAACUGAUACGCACUAGGUGUGCAAACUGCGUUUGCUAUCUGCUGCUGCUGGAACAGACUUCUGUUACACUUGUCAGUUGUGCACUCUCUUGGUGUUUCUCAUGGGGAUGCUUGAACUAUAAUGAAUGGAGCACAUAAGCUUUGCAGUUAGGUACUGUGAGCUUGUUUGGGAACAACCCAAGUAUGAUUAGUAGCGUAUUGCAAGCCUCAUGGUGCUUCCAUAUUUAUAAGAUUCCUUUUGGUGGUAUGAUCUUGUUGUGAAUUAUGGUAGUGAUGUAGAGGAAUUUUAACUGAAAGAUCAAAAGCUUGUAAGCUUUGGGUGUAAUUGGCGUUUUUCCGUUUUGGGUGUAAGCAGAUGAUGAAUGUACAAGCGUGAUGAUUAGCUUUGGUUCU